AUGUUCAAAUCAAUUUUGCUACUAGCCUCGCUGCUUUUCAUUACGGUGGAACCCUCGCCUGCCAAGCCCAAGACUCUGCUUUACCACACUGAAGUAGAACAUGGUCCUGUGAAAGCAGUCAAAUCGAUUAAACCCAAACAACAACCGCACCAUUUAGGAGAAGUGGAAAGCGAUCUGGGAGAAGAACACAAAGACUAUUACGCCUAUCCCAUGUACAAGUUCGAGUAUGGGGUUAAGGAUACCAAAACUGGAGAUCACAAGAGCCAGUGGGAGAUGCGGGAUGGAGACAUUGUGAAAGGUUCCUACACCUUGGACGAACCGGACGGUACCCAACGGAUCGUUGAAUACCGUGCCGACGAUAAAAAUGGAUUCCAAGCCAUCGUCAAAACGAUCGUCCGGCCUGUUCAUCAACAUCAUCAAGCGGAACAGCAGCUGGGCGCGGAAGGCUCCGAAGGACAAGGCCACCACCACGUCGUAGGUCACAGCUAUAGCAAACUGAAAAGAUACAACUAA